UUGUCUAGAGCGCCGCAUGUAUAGCCUACAUGGUAAGAUUAUUAUGGACAAAAAAAAUCAAGAUUAUUUUUAUUUGUCAAACGGCAGAAAGGAUCAUGUUCAAUGCACUUUUUAAAAAAUCGGUGCUGGAUUAUGGUGAUAUUGUCUAUAUGCAGGCCUCAGCAAGUACCUUAAAAACUUGACACAGUGUAUCAUGUUGUUUGAAUACUAGUAUGAAAAUCUGUUGCCAAGUGGAUGGAAACCAAGCUAUUGAAAUCAGAGCGGAACAUCAGAUUGAGGUUUCAUCUCAAUGACCGCAUACAUUGCCUGGGAGAUUUUUUAAAAUAACAAUUCAUAAGCUUCACAAUGCUGCUUCACAGCUCUACACCUAUUUCAAGCUAUCUAAAUAAAACAACGUUUUUUUUUUUUUUUACAUAUGCACAGGGUGCAGCGUAAGUGGUAAAGCAAGCUUCCUCGACAGUAAAAAAAAAGUGCUAAAAAAUAAAAUACUACAGUACCAGUCAACUUCUCGUUCAAGUUUUAUUUCAAUUGUAUUUUUUUGUGCUAUUUUCUACAUACAUUCUACAUCCGCCUAUGAUGUUGUAGGUUUUCACUCCAACCCUGUUACUGGAGAGCUACCGUCCUGUAGGUUUUCACUCCAACCCUGUUACUGGAGAGCUACCGUCCUGUAGGUUUUCACUCCAACCCUGUUACUGGAGAGCUACCGUCCUGUAGGUUUUCACUCCAACCCUGUUACUGGAGAGCUACCGUCCUGUAGGUUUUCACUCCAACCCUGUUACUGGAGAGCUACCGUCCUGUAGGUUUUCACUCCAACCCUGUUACUGGAGAGCUACCGUCCUGUAGGUUUUCACUCCAACCCUGUUACUGGAGAGCUACCGUCCUGUAGGUUUUCACUCCAACCCUGUUACUGGAGAGCUACCGUCCUGUAGGUUUUCACUCCAACCCUGUUACUGGAGAGCUACCGUCCUGUAGGUUUUCACUCCAACCCUGUUACUGGAGAGCUACCGUCCUGUAGGUUUUCACUCCAACCCUGUUACUGGAGAGCUACCGUCCUGUAGGUUUUCACUCCAACCCUGUUACUGGAGAGCUACCGUCCUGUAGGUUUUCACUCCAACCCUGUUACUGGAGAGCUACCGUCCUGUAGGUUUUCACUCCAACCCUGUUACUGGAGAGCUACCGUCCUGUAGGUUUUCACUCCAACCCUGUUACUGGAGAGCUACCGUCCUGUAGGUUUUCACUCCAACCCUGUUACUGGAGAGCUACCGUCCUGUAGGUUUUCACUCCAACCCUGUUACUGGAGAGCUACCGUCCUGUAGGUUUUCACUCCAACCCUGUUACUGGAGAGCUACCGUCCUGUAGGUUUUCACUCCAACCCUGUUACUGGAGAGCUACCGUCCUGUAGGUUUUCACUCCAACCCUGUUACUGGAGAGCUACCGUCCUGUAGGUUUUCACUCCAACCCUGUUACUGGAGAGCUACCGUCCUGUAGGUUUUCACUCCAACCCUGUUACUGGAGAGCUACCGUCCUGUAGGUUUUCACUCCAACCCUGUUACUGGAGAGCUACCGUCCUGUAGGUUUUCACUCCAACCCUGUUACUGGAGAGCUACCGUCCUGUAGGUUUUCACUCCAACCCUGUUACUGGAGAGCUACCGUCCUGUAGGUUUUCACUCCAACCCUGUUACUGGAGAGCUACCGUCUUGUAGGUUUUCACUCCAACCCUGUUACUGGAGAGCUACCGUCCUGUAGGUUUUCACUCCAACCCUGUUACUGGAGAGCUACCGUCUUGUAGGUUUUCACUCCAACCCUGUUACUGGAGAGCUACCGUCCUGUAGGUUUUCACUCCAACCCUGUUACUGGAGAGCUACCGUCCUGUAGGUUUUCACUCCAACCCUGUUACUGGAGAGCUACCGUCUUGUAGGUUUUCACUCCAACCCUGUUACUGGAGAGCUACCGUCCUGUAGGUUUUCACUCCAACCCUGUUACUGGAGAGCUACCGUCUUGUAGGUUUUCACUCCAACCCUGUUACUGGAGAGCUACCGUCUUGUAGGUUUUCACUCCAACCCUGUUACUGGAGAGCUACCGUCCUGUAGGUUUUCACUCCAACCCUGUUACUGGAGAGCUACCGUCCUGUAGGUUUUCACUCCAACCCUGUUACUGGAGAGCUACCGUCCUGUAGGUUUUCACUCCAACCCUGUUACUGGAGAGCUACCGUCCUGUAGGUUUUCACUCCAACCCUGUUACUGGAGAGCUACCGUCCUGUAGGUUUUCACUCCAACCCUGUUACUGGAGAGCUACCGUCUUGUAGGUUUUCACUCCAACCCUGUUACUGGAGAGCUACCGUCUUGUAGGUUUUCACUCCAAUCCUGUUCCUGAAGAGCUACCGUCCUGUAGGUUUUCACUCCAACCCUGUUACUGGAGAGCUACCGUCCUGUAGGUUUUCACUCCAAUCCUGUUCCUGAAGAGCUACCUUCUUGUAGGUUUUCACUCCAACCCUGUUCCUGAAGAGCUAUCGUCCUGUAGGUUUUCACUCCAACCCUAAUCUAGCACACCUGAAUAUAAUAAUUAGCUAGUUGAUAAACUAAAUCAGUUUAGUUACAAAUGGGGUUGGAGUGAAAACCCUUCGAGGGUUGGAGAGCCCCUGUACUCGAUCAGGGUUUCUCAAACUUGUUCCUGGCCCCUUGGGUGCACAUUUAUUUUUUUGCCUAGCAAUACACAGCUGAUUCAAAUAACCAAUUAAUCAUCAAGCUUUGAUUAUUUGAAUCAGUAGUGCUAAACACUACACGGCCCCCUGGACCGAGUUUUGGAAACUCUGUACUAGAGAAAUAGGUCAAUAGCAUGUAGAAUACAUGUAGAAUACAUGUAGAAUACAUGUAGAAUACAAAUAAUAUGUCAAUAGGAAAAAGUAACUAACUUCACCUCAAGCUGUUUAUGACAGUACAUUUCCUGUUCCAAUUUGUAUUUCCACAUACACAGAUGUGAAAUAGGCAUGAUGGAAAGACCCAUGUGAGCAUUACAAUAACUUCACCCCUUAAGGGAACAUCAGGGGCUUUCUCCAGUUGUAGUCACAGUGUGAAUAGUGAAACUAGUAUAGUGUGAGGGGAAAACAUUGUUCGUCUUUCACAUGGAUGAAUUGGCAUCACACUGUUUCUGCAUUCAACAACACUACUCUCUUGUUGCCUAACCAAUAUCUUUCACUUCCUCUAACAUAGUGUGGUUUUGGUGUAUUCAAAUGAAAUAUAUAACACUCUCCUUUCUUCCCUUAUCAUUCCCAGUGAUGCUUGUACACCAACCUAAGUGACAGGAGUGGUCACCCUGGUCAACUCCCCCUGUUGAUGUGGUCAAGUUACUGUUGUGGUCAGUCACAAUGAACAUCUCAGUAGAGGUGGCCAGAGGGGUCAACAAUGCCACCCUGGAGAUGCUGGUCAGUCCUGUGAUGACCGUGGCUGUGCCUGUUAUUUACCUGUCUGUGUUUGUGUGCAGUACCCCCUGCAACCUGCUGUCUCUGGUAGCGCUGCUGAACGUCCAUUACAAACGCCACACUCCCACGUCUGUGUUUGCCAUCAACCUGUCGCUGGCAGACCUGCUCUACAGCGCCUUCCUGCCCCUACAGGUGUUGUACCACCUGUGGGGUAAUGACUGGCCGUGGGGCGCUGCCCUCUGUGGCCUCACCACCACAGCCCUCAACUGCAACAUGCAUUGCUCUGUCCUCACCACCUGUGCCAUCGCACUCGAGCGCUACUGCGGUGUCGUACGCCCGCUACGCACCAAACACUGGCGCACCGCCCGGAGAGCCACCAUCACCUGCGUCCUCAUCUGGGCAUUUGUUCUGAUUACUCAGACACCCUUGCUCCUCCGUGACCUCACCCUCCGGGUCGUCGAGCUAAACAUCACGACCUGCUUCGACGUGCUUCCACGUAAACUGUUCAUUCACCAAUCAGUAGCCUAUCUCUACUUCCUAGUUGUUCUGCUGAUGUUCUACGUGUUACCUUUAGUCGUCCUGGUCAGCUGUUACGUUGCCGUGGCCAGAGGCCUGCACAGGUCGUUGCCGACGGCAGCUGAAGGCAGUGAUGGUAAGAUGGAAGUGUUGUCAAGGCGACGGGCUCAGACCACAGUCACCUUGGCAACCCUGUGCUUUGUGGUGUGUUACCUACCAACCAUCACCCUUCAUGGCCUGCACGUAGUCUUCCACACCCAGGGCAAGAGCCUGUACAGAUACUAUAAACUAGCGCUCAGCAUCAACAGCCUCAACUGCUGCUUUGACCCGUUUGUGUACUACUUUGCGUCGAGGGAGUUCCGUCUGGCUCUGAGGAGGCUGCUGGGGCGGUGUGUCCCACUGGGAGAGGGGGAGGAGCUUGGGACCUCUGAGCUGGUGUCCAUGACUGGGGAGCCUAGGGAAUCUAAGGGCCACUACUAGGCCGUAGUUGAUCACUAGAUAGUCAUGCUGGAAUGGACUCAGUAUGCAGAUGCCAUAGCAAAAGACCCAAACUCUAUUUUGUUAUUUUAUGGACAGACCCUGUGUGGUCUUCAUUAUAAAGCAGUUUAUGCAAUUGAUGUCAAUGCUAAUUUUUAUAGUUAUUCUGCCUUCAUUCCGUUGACAUUUAUUAUUGAAUAAAUCAUAGACAUGCAUCA